ACACUCUCACUGGGCAACAGCUGCAGCACAGUCUUGGCCACAAAUUUGCAUCUGGUAACGUGGAGCAGUCGUAAGUCGAUGACGACCUGCACUGCUAGAACAUGCAGACACGCAGCAGAACUUGAACUCUUAGCUAGAAGUGUGAAGAUACCAUGCUAUUCAUACGCAGACUUAAACUUAUUAUAAUUACCAAAACAUUCAUAUAUUCAUCAAUCCAUUUUCCUGGAUCACUUAAUCAGUACACAGUCACAAUCGGCAGACAGUCACAAUCAGUAAUUAAUACUUAUAAGGUGCAAGUAUAUCACAUUUCCACUGGCCUCUGGUAUGUGUCUUACAACAGUCAUCAUCAGCUAAAACACUGUCAAAUGCAAUGUGGAUUUAACAUAAUAGCAGGUCUAAAAUACAUACAAGACCUCAGUGGCAAAGUGCAACUUUUUGGCCAUCUGAUGUUUUCAUUGGUUAAUUAAAGCCAGUGAGGAAAGCCACGGUCCCAGAGAGUGCCGCAUGGCAUGAUGGGUAAUAUGUUUCUGCCAAACCGUGAGUAUAUAUUACAGAGCCUCCUCCAGUGUGACAGGGUUUCUCUACAGGGCGGCUCACUAAGGGUCGAAGUUGGCCUGCAGUCUGUCCCAGGCAAGAUAAGGUACAUGGCUGGGGUACCCCCCCGACGGGAUGCCAGUCCAUCGCAGGGCACAUACACUCACACACACUACAGGUUCCAAAGCUUUUCUUGCCCUACGAACAAAAAAGAAGAUGAAAAGCAACCAUUCCGAGCAGGAAAAUGUGCACUACUGCUUCGAAUCCUCAAACACUUCCUGCCCCAAGCUUGUUUAUCCAACCACAAUACGAGCCCCUUUGUAUGUUCUGUUAGGGGCCACCGUACUCCUCACUGUGCUGGGAAAUCUCCUCGUCAUCGUUACUAUAUCCCACUCCAAACAGCUGCACACUCCCACCAAUUACCUCAUCCUCUCCCUGGCUGUCAGCGACUUCCUCCUGGGGGCAGUGGUCAUGCCGCCUAGCCUGAUACGCUCCCUGGAAACCUGCUGGUAUUUGGGUGACUGGUUCUGUAAGAUACACACUAGUAUAGAAAAUUUACUCACUGGAGCAUCAAUUUUUAUGCUUUAUUUGAUUUCUGUUGAACGAUACGUUGCUGUUUCUCAGCCUCUGCUGUAUCACGCUUUGAUCACAACUCGUGUUGCAAAGUACAUGAUCCUGACCUGCUGGGUUCUUUCCGCCCUUAUUGGCUUUGGGAUGGAACUAAACAGCUUGACAAUUCAGGAUGUUUACCUCACACAGUUUAACUGUGAGGGAAGGUGUGCUGUGUUACUAGACAAGGUGUCAAGCAUAAUAUCUUCCCUUUUUAUUUUCUUCAUACCAGGGUUAUUUAUGCUUGGCCUCUACCUGAAAAUCCUAGUUAUUGCACAUAAACAAGCCCGUUUAAUUCAGGUCACAAUUCUAAUUAACAGGAACCGUGAAAAGACCAGAAUCAUUCUGUCUAAGAUGGAGCAAAAAUCCACCAGGACACUGGGCAUAAUUACUGCUGUAUUCCUGUCCUGCUCGUCGCCCUGUUUUAUAUACAUAAUAAUAGACCCAAUCACUGGUUUAUCCACACCAUACUUGUAUGACAUUCUUCUUUGGAUUUACUAUUUGAAUUCAGUAAUGAAUCCCACAAUUUAUUCAUUCUUAUUUAAAUGGUUUAGGGAGUCACUGAGAAAAGCCUUUAGUAAAAUAUUAAACAGUUUUGAUUAG